GGUGGGGCCCUGCGCCGCGGCCCCGCCCAGCGAUGCGUGUGUGAAGGUCGGGGUGGCGGUGACGCGGCGCCGGCGGCGGCAGGGAGGCUGGGCCAGUGGGCGAGGGAGGCGAGCCGACCACUGGGCUGUUGGGCUCCCGCGCCCUCGCGUUCCCCGCCGCCAGCCCAGGCGCAGGCAGGGCGCAGGCGGCGGCGGGCGGCAUGGAGAGCCUGCUGGAGAACCCGGUGCGCGCUGUGCUCUACCUGAAGGAGCUCACAGCCAUCGUGCAGAACCAGCAGAGCCUCAUCCACACCCAGCGAGAGCGCAUCGACGAGCUGGAGCGGCGGCUGGACGAGCUGAGCGCUGAGAACCGCAGCCUGUGGGAGCACCAGCAGCUGCUGCAAGCCCAGCCUCCGCCCGGGCUCAUCCCUCCGUCAUCGGCCCAGCCGCCGGCUGCUCCAGCCACCGCUCCCGCCGCCGCCGCCAGGGCCCAAGAACCUCUCCAAGACCAGGGACAGCGCUCAGCCGCCGCGCCGCAGUCCGCGCCCGAGCAGCAGCCGCUUCAGCACCACGGACAGCUCCUGGAGCAGCCGCCGCGGGGCCCUGGCAGCAGGGCUCACACACCCCAGUCGCCCCACAAGCAUCUGGGGACACAGGGAGCCGUGACUGACAAGGAGAAGGAACGUCCCCCGAGUUGCUGCGCUGCUGCCGGAGCCCUCCUUCAGCACAAAUCCCCCUCCACCCUCGGCAAGGGCGUCCUGAGCAGGAGACCUGAGAAUGAGACCGUGCUGCAUCAGUUCUGCUGCCCAGCCGCCGAUGCCGAGCAGAAGCCUGCCUGCUCCGACCUGGCCUCCCAAAGUGACGGCUCCUGCGCCCAGGCCAGUGGGGGCAUGGAGGACUCCGUGGUGGCAGCGGCGGCGGUGGCAGCCGGCAGACCCAGUGCCCAUGCCCCGAAGGCUCAAGCCCAGGAGCUGCAGGAGGAGGAGGAGCGGCCGGGGGCGGGGGCUGCCUCCCCGAGGGCUGGCCCCCAGCACGUGGCCUCCCCCGGCCGGCAGCAGCCUGCCCCGGCGACGGCGCUGUGCUCCCACGCCCCUGCCGCCUCCGAUUACGAACUCUCCCUUGACCUAAAGAAUAAACAGAUUGAAAUGCUAGAACACAAGUACGGGGGCCACCUCGUGUCCCGGCGCGCCGCUUGCACCAUCCAAACCGCCUUCCGCCAAUACCAGCUCAGCAAGAACUUCGAGAAAAUCCGCAAUUCACUCCUGGAGAGCCGCCUGCCACGGCGGAUCUCCCUGCGCAAGGUGCGGGCACCCACCGCUGAGAGCCUGGCGGCGGAGAAAGCGCUCAUGGAAGGCUACGGCCUCAUGGGACUGCCCCUGGUGCGUUCGCCGUCCUUGCCGCCCACCUUCGCGGGUACCCUCACUGAGCUGGAGGACUCUUUCACCGAGCAGGUGCAAUCCCUGGCCAAGUCCAUCGAUGACGCGCUCAGCACCUGGAGCCUCAAGACCAUGUGCUCCCUGCAGGAGAGCGGCGCUUACCAGCUCCACCAGGCCCUGCAGGCGGCCGCGGGGACCUCAGGCCUGGAGGCAGAGAUGCGGGAGCCGGAGAGCGCAGGCCCCGGGCCUGGGGAUGAGGCCACGGAGACCCCCGGCCUGCCCCCGGGCCACGGUGGCACCCUCAUGAUGGCUUUCCGGGACGUCACGGUACAGAUCGCCAACCAGAACAUCUCCGUUUCCUCCUCCACGGCUCUGUCCGUAGCCAACUGCCUGGGCGCACAGACGGCCCAGACCACAGCAGAGCCCGCCGCAGGCAAGGCUGAGCAGGGCGAGACCCCGGAGCAGGAGGCCCUGGAAGCCCACGCCCUGGGCCAGGGGGACGUGUCAGCGGAGGACACGGGCACAGAGGCUGGGGCUAGUGGGGUGGUGGAUGAAGCCACAGCAGCCAAAGCAGAGGAGGAGGAGGCAACAGAGGUGGGGAAAGGGGCUGAGGCUGAGGCAGGUGACUUGGAGCAGCUGAGCAGCAGCAGCAUGCCCACCAAGUCUGCCAAGUCGGGCUCGGAGGUGUCGGCCUCCGCCUCCAAAGAGGCCCUGCAGGCCAUGAUCCUGAGCUUGCCGCGCUACCACUGCGAGAACCCAGCCAGCUGCAAGUCGCCCACGCUCUCCACCGACACCCUGCGCAAGCGCCUUUAUCGCAUUGGCCUCAACCUCUUCAACAUAAAUCCAGACAAGGGCAUCCAGUUCCUCAUCUCCCGCGGCUUCAUCCCUGACACCCCCAUUGGUGUGGCCCAUUUCCUCCUCCAGCGAAAGGGCCUCAGCCGCCAGAUGAUUGGAGAGUUCCUGGGCAACAGCAAGAAGCAGUUCAACCGUGACGUGCUGGAUUGCGUGGUGGAUGAGAUGGACUUCUCCAGCAUGGAGCUGGACGAGGCCCUGCGUAAGUUCCAGGCACACAUCCGUGUGCAGGGGGAGGCCCAGAAGGUGGAACGGCUCAUCGAGGCCUUCAGCCAGCGCUACUGCAUGUGCAACCCCGAAGUGGUGCAGCAGUUCCACAACCCCGACACCAUCUUCAUCCUCGCCUUCGCCAUCAUCCUCCUCAACACCGACAUGUACAGCCCCAAUAUCAAGCCUGACCGGAAGAUGAUGCUGGAAGACUUCAUCCGAAACCUUCGAGGUGUGGAUGAUGGCGCUGACAUCCCCCGGGAGCUGGUGGUAGGCAUCUACGAGAGGAUACAGCAGAAGGAGCUCAAGUCCAAUGAGGACCACGUCACGUACGUCACCAAGGUGGAGAAGUCCAUCGUGGGCAUGAAGACGGUGCUGUCCGUGCCCCACCGCCGCCUGGUGUGCUGCAGCCGGCUCUUUGAGGUGACAGAUGUGAACAAGCUGCAGAAGCAGGCGGCGCAUCAGAGGGAGGUGUUCCUCUUCAACGACCUGCUGGUGAUUCUCAAACUUUGUCCAAAGAAGAAGAGCGCCUCCACGUAUACCUUCUGCAAGUCAGUCGGCCUGCUGGGCAUGCAGUUCCACCUCUUUGAGAACGAGUUUUACUCCCAUGGCAUCACACUGGUGACUCCGCUCUCGGGCUCCGAGAAGAAGCAGGUGCUGCAUUUCUGCGCCCUGGGCUCGGAUGAGAUGCAGAAGUUUGUAGAGGACCUGAAGGAGUCCAUUGCUGAGGUGACAGAGCUGGAGCAGAUCCGGAUAGAGUGGGAGCUGGAGGAGCAGCAGGGAACAAAGACACUCUCCUUCAAGCCCAGUGGAGCCCAGGGGGACCCGCAGUCAAAGCAAGGAUCGCCGACAGCCAAAAGGGAAGCCACGCUCAGGGAGAAGCCCGCGGAGAGCACGGUGGAGGUAUUAAUCAAUGCCUCCCCAGCCCGACUCACCAUUUUACCAAUUUCAAGAGAUACAGUUAAAAGUUACUGCUAGCAUGGGUAACGCCGCUGUUCCCGCGCCUAAUUAAGCCGCGAGCUCUUUCUCCCCAUUCCCCAGCCCACGGCCCUCCGAGGCCGAGCUCCCAGACUAACACAGUGGAGACAGAGCCCACGACACCCUAGGGCCAUCCUUCCGGUGUGCCCCCAAAUCUACCUCCCCAGCAAAUGCCCACUGCUCACUGCUCCGCCAGUACUUGCUGUAUCAGAGGACCCCACAUCGCCUUCCCCGGGGUCCUCCCACCCUCCAUAGCAGGGAGCCUCGGCUCCCUCCGGAGAGAGGUCAGGCCCCAAGCGAAGCACUCACUUCUGGGGCAGACCCCGCCCUUUUGGACACCUGGGGCUAGGCUGGAGAAUUGCAACUUGGGGGCAGCUGGGAGAGGGAGCUCUUCCCUGGAACUGCUGGUCCUUCUGGAAAGCUGGCCACAGCGUAGGGAUGUGUCUAAAAGAAAUUGAGACAGAGUAGGGUGGGGAUGCCUCGGGGGCUUCCCUGAGGGGAGAGGAUUAACCCUGAAGACUGUCCGUGGUUGGAGGGGAGGCUGCCCAUCUCCAUGCCACAUAGCAAGAGACUGUAGAGGAGCCAGCAGCAGGGGUCCCUGCUAAGCGCCCACAGUGCCACCUAUAGGAGGAGCAUGCAGGUGGCCCUACAUGCCUCGUGAGCCCCACCCCUCUCCCACUGGUUCCUCUUGCACCCCAGUAGCCCCAGCUACACUCCUUUUCUGUCAGGCCUCCCAGGGCCACCAGCUGCUCAUACAGACACCUCCCUUCCCCACCCCUACUUCCAGCCAGAGGGGCCCCCAUUAGGUGUCUUAGGAAGACGCCCUACUCACCGGUCUGACUACGCCCUGGGAAGCAGCAGGAUACCCCAGGGGAGCUCAGUGUCUUCUCUCUCUCCCACGGCCCCCACCCCCCACACACCCGUGUCUGGAGGAGGCACCUUUACAAGGAGGAGCUUCCUGCCCCAGCAGCUGACAAGCCCCCAGGGUGGGUAUUCCAUUCCCCGGCCCCUCCGCUCCCCAUCCUCUGCAGCUGCCCAUUCUUGAGCCUUGCAGAUAAGCACAAACGUGCCCAGCUCUCCGUUCUGUUCUGCCAGCCCUGCCCUGCCCUAGCCUGAGCUACCCAGGGAGGACAACCAGGCUGACGCACUCCUCCCUCCUGCCCUGCCUAAGGGCAUGUGGCUAUCUGCAAGGCUGCCACCCUCAGCUAGCUCCAGGGCCCCGCCAGCCUCUGCUCUCCCGCACAGAGGGCAGCCUCGCCACCCAUGGCCUCAGCUGGACCCCAAGCUCUCUCUCCUCUGCCCUCUCUGCCGUUGCUGACCAAGCCCCUCUGGCAGGCGCUUCUCCAUCUUCUCUGAGCUGUUCUGACCUGCUGCUCAUGUUACAUCCUCUGUCUCCCGGCUCCCUUCAUUCUUUCUUUCAUGAGCAGGGAGGUGAGAAGGGGAUCAGAUGAGAGAGCCUUUUGCUGUCACUUCCUGCUUUUCACUUACUGACCACUAAAGAGAAAGGAUCGAAACUGGGAUGGGGAUGGGGGUGCAGUGGAGGGACCAGAGCACGGGAGGUGAAUGGGAGGUGCAGGCUAUGGCCCCGAGCAGGUGCUGUGCAGGGAGCUUCAGAGGGAAGGACGGCUCAGUGGGUCUGGACUGGAACAGCCAGAAAUUCACCUGGGAAGGGGCCGCUGCGAGGUCCCCGCAGAGGAAGGCAGAUGAGCACAAGCCUGUCCUGGCUCCUGGGGAGGAAUUCAGAAUACAAGCAGGAGGGGAGAGGAGCCCGUGCCCUCCAGCGGCUUCUGCCUGAGUGAGGACCCUGGAGGGCUCCCCGGAGGGAGGGGGGCCCCAGCCAUGCUCUCUGCCUGCCAUGUCUCAGGACACUGAGGGGCUCAGGGCCCCUUUCGUUUGUGUAGCAGGACCUCAGGCCUGGAAAAUGUGCCGAGGUUGGAGGCUGAGAAGGAAGAAUAAAGCCUGCAACAUGCCGAGUGUGGCAGAGGGCUCGUGAAUAUUGGGGGCUCGGGAGGGAAGCCGUCCCUAGGAGUGCACAGGUCCGGGAAAGGGAUUCCCUGAAUUGCACCUGUAGCCAAUAGGAUGAGGAAAUGCUGCUUUAGGGCGCCGGGACAGUUUUGGGCUGGGCCAGCUGGGUCUAGGCCUGGGCGAGGUACCUCCUCAGCAACUUCCAUUUCCCACUCUGUGCACUGAGCACCAGCCCAAGGUGCUGCUGCCUGAGGACAGAUGGCAGUCCAACAGGAAAAUCGUCAGAGAGGAGGGGGGUCUCAGCCUCCCCCACAGGACCCAGGUGUCUGGAGUGGGGUGCGCGGCGUCCUCGCCAUGGGCAGGACAGCUUGGGGUGGAACAGUGUGAGGAGUUAAAUCCCUCUCCCCCCGGAAUCCUCUAGCCUCCUUUCCACCCAUCUCCUCCCCCUCCCCCUGCUAGUAAGGGGAGGCCAGGCUAGUUCAUAGUGACCUCCACGGUCUGAGGGAGGGGGCUCAUGAGCGCCAUCUGGGCCACGUCCUCCUGCCCUGCCUUGGGGAUCAAGGUUAGAGCCCUCUCUGGGGAUAGCCUCCUGCAGCCAAGCAAGUUAACCAGGACCCAGCUUGGGCCAGAAUGGCAGCUGGGGAGCUGGCUCUGCCCUCGGUUGUCUGGGCUGCUCUCCAACUGCAGGGUCAUGGCCUUGGGGAGUCUGGGAGGACAGGUAGGUCCAGAUCACCCCUUCAGGGGUCCCUGGCAUUCUGGGGUUUAAGCCUUUAUGAUGUUAAAGAUGCCAAAGAGGCUUCCUCUGUAACAAGACUGGAGGGAACAGAGGGACAUGAACGGCUCCAAAAUGCUUGGCUCUAUCUCUGGGUCUGACCUCCUUUGCCUCAACACACUCCUGGAGGGUGGGGAGGGGCAAAGACCAUGACCCCGGCUUUCAAGCUCAGAGAGUGGUGGAAAAGGAGGUGGAGAGGAGUUUUCCCAUGGCCCAGAGACACCCAGCAGGUCCAUGAAGUCAGGUGCAGAGCUAUGCAGAGCCCACCUCACAGAUGAGGAGACUGAGGCCGCAGAGGGACGCCGCUCACGGUCAGUGGCAGAACAUGCCAGCCUCUUGACUCCUCUUUCCCUCCUAGGCAAAAGCCAGGGUCAGAAGCCAGUCUUCCUACAGAUGGAGAGAUGGGGAGAGGGUCGGAGUGAGGGCUGAGAGUGGGAGGGAGGCCAGGGGAGGCUCAGGGCAGCCUGUCCUAGCAGCUGGGAAUUAGUCCUGUAACAUUUCAUGCUUCUCUGGCUGUUUCUAAACUAGGUGUCAAUUCACAACAGGCUUCAAACGUCCCAGCACAACUCCGGGCUGGGGGCCGAGAAGGGAGCG